AUGACUCCCAAUCUGUUGAUGAAAAAGACUAAAUCAGAAGAACCAGUGCGUGUUUUCGCUGUCAACCUUUCUGGCAAGAAUAGUGAUUACAAAAUUGAAAUUAUUGAAAACUUGGAACAGUUUACGGAAUUAAAACAGCUGAAUUUAUCGUAUAACCGUAUCUACAAAAUUAAUGGGUUAUCAAGUUUGUGCCACCUCACUUCGUUGAAUAUUUCACAUAAUUCCAUUAAAUCUCUGGAUGGGAUUCAGUCUUUGUCUAAUUUAUUGCUUCAUCAAAUAACAUAUAUGCGAUCUUUAUCGAACCUAACAGUUUUCACAUUCGAAGGCAAUCCAGCAGUUGACCAACUAAUAGUCAGUGCUUAUAACAGUUGUAGCAGUGGUGAUGAAGCCGUAUUAAAGAAUGCUAUUGAUAAAUUCGAUCCUAAUUCAGUUUAUCGAAUCUUCGUUAUAUUUCAUUUAAACUCACUCAUAUUGCUUGACAACAAGGAAGUUCUUCCAUUUGAAAGACAAGUGGCUGAACAACGGUUUUCCCAAGUCGAAGUAUCUAGGUAUUUAGAGAAGUUGGAUAAGUGCGAAAAUCGUUUGAAUGAAGUAGAAAAUAAGAAAUCUUCACUGGAAAAGGACUUACUUAACCAUCAGUCUAAGUUAAAUGAAGCUUUGCAAGAAAGGAAUUUGGAAAGCGAAUUAAUAUCUCAUUUAGAAGAAGAGUUGCGUGCUAAAGAUAAAUUACUUCAUUCCAAAUCACAGGAACUAGCUCGUGCAUGCUUAAAACACUUUGAAUUGGAACAGGAAUUAGCUUUUCAUAAAAUUGAUGAGAAGUUGAGUUUGGCUGAUUUAUGUCUACCGAAACAAAACAAUUCAUCUAAUAUAUAUCAAACACGUUAUAUUCCACAAAAAGAGAAUGAGGUUUCUACUGGAAGAUAUCAGUUUUACUAA